GGGGGGGAAUAAGUGGCGUUAUAUGAAGAACUUUGUUGGACCAUCAUCAUGUCGCUGAUGUUUGGGAAGGUAAAGCAGUGUAACUCUGCUGCAGCUGCUGACAGAAGUCCAGCCCAGUGUAACCUGGUGCUGCUCGGUGUGAAGGGCUCCGGGAAAUCAGCACUGACUGUCAAAUUCCUCACAAAGCGCUUCAUCAGUGAAUAUGACCCUCAUCUAGAGGAUAUCUACUCAUCAGAAGAGAUGGUGGACCAGCAGCCAGUCACAGUGAGAGUGAUGGACACCUGUGAUCAGGAGGGUCCAGUGAACAGCGAGCGGUAUAUGUCGUGGGCCAGCGCCUUCCUCGUCGUCUACAGUAUCAACAACAUGGAGAGCUUUAAAGGCUGCCAGCUGUACCUGCACACACUUGCCCUGCACAACAAAAGUCCCAUCAUGCUGCUGGGGAACAAACUGGACAUGGACAGAUACAGGCAGGUGAGUCGCUGUGACGGCGAGCUGCUGGCGUCUCGUUUCGGCUGUGUGUUCUUCGAGGUGUCGGCCUGUCUGGACUUCCUGUCUGUGCAGCGUGUCUUCCACGAGGCGGUGAGGAGGGGGGGGUGUGUGGUUCCAGCUGUCUAUAUCAGCGCUGUCCCAUCCUGCCCCCCCACCUGCUACAAGGAGCUGCCUGCCCCCACCACCGCCACUGCCACACUGCUCACCGUGAAGACUUCCAGAGCGCAGAGCAGACGCAAGGCUGCCACACUCACUCUGCUCAAAGGCUUCAAGAUCUUCUGACUGCCCGCAGACACAGGGUGGACACAAUAACAUGAACAGCUUUACAGUGUACCAAGCUCCGGUGUACCCAACUUUUGUUAAAACAUGAAGGGGAGCAUCAAAAACAGUUCAUUUCCUGCAUUUCUAUGCAUCAAUACAUGGUGGAAAAUGGAAAACACAAAAUUCCUUUGGCAGGUGACAAUUUAAAAUAUAAAAACAUAAAGAUAUUAAAACAUAAUGCAAAAUAAUGCAGUGAGGCUCUUAGGCAUUCUGUAUUUCUUAAUUCUAUAAUUUAUUCCUGUCGAUUAACUUUUGUCAUCAGUGUUAUCUCUGCUGAGUCUCUCAGCACACAUGCAGGCAGGAUUUACUCUUCCCUGCCCUUUGUGUCUUUUGUUGGGAACAGAACCUUUAUGAAUGUGCAUGUGGCACUUAUUCAUCUCAAUACAUUCAUUCCUUUUAAUUUCAUUCAUAAACACCUCAGAUGAAUAAUGUAAUUUCAUGAAAAUAAAGUUACAGUAUUUCAAGUAAAAAUCCCCCUGCCCUGUAGUAUGCUGUGCAUUGUUAUUGGAACAAAAGACGAUUCAUCCUUUCCUCCCUCCAUUGGCUUCCUGUGCAUUUUAAAAUUCAUUUUUAUUAUCUAAUUUUAAUUAGCUUUAAAUCUUUACAUGGCUGUGCUCCACACUAUAUGUCACAGUUAUAUAUGUGCCCUCCAGGUCUCUCUGAGUGAAGAGCUGCCCCUCCAUGUGUCGAUGGCCCCCACCUCGGCCUGGUUUGAUAUCCCGUCUAAAGACACACUAUAACCCAGCAUGAGAGUUCUCCUUAUCCCCGGAUUGAUUGUUUCUCUCUGGGUAUAUAUUGAUCCCUGCGUUUUCAUUUAUUUUAUUUAUAUAAUAUUGUCUCUCUGUUACUAUAACACUUUUUGCUUUUUGACUGUGCAUCACUUUGGCUCAUUUCUGUUUGUUUUUUUA